AUGUCGCUGGUACAAUAUAUUGAAUCGAAGGGCACGAUUGGAAAAGACACAAGGAAGCACACACUGAGCGACUGCGACUAUCACCGCGACCGGAUGCCUCUCCCCGUCAUCCUUGGGGAUUACAAUGUCUUGGCCCUGACGUGUGGAAAAGACUGCGCUCAUGACGCGGCACACAGCGCCAUUGGUGACAUGUAUCGUUUAGGGUCCAAGGAUCGCUCAAAUGGAGGAGAUGAGCGCAUAGAGCGCCAGUGCCGGAGGCUCAGCCCUGUCCGCCUAGUACAAGGAAGCGAAAGGCCAAAUGCGAGCCCCCUGUUUGCCAAGUCAGCCUGCGCGAUGACAUACGAUGACACACCCGGGAGCCUAUUCAAACUACAGCUCUGCAUCGCGGCCCGCACGCAGCCUCGAGGUGCUGCUUGCCUGCGGCGCUUGUUGCACGAAACGUCUGGCUCUGGCAGGGAUUCAAAAAAGGUGUACGAUGACGGCCAUGACGAAGUUCGUGCCAUGAAAGAUGCCAGGCAGUCUGAUCGCCACCACGAACCCUCGAGGGCUCGUCCACUCGAUACACGGUCACAAGACGCGUCGACGGAGCCAAGGAUGGGCGCUGAAACGACGUCGUGCCAGCCAGAGAGACGUGAACUCAAAACAAUUGCAGAAGUAGAGAGAGCGAGAUGCAGUCACCAGCCGCAGAAAUUCCGAAUGGCCAUGCACGAGGUCAUUCGAAUAUCGAAAAGUCCCUGA